AUGGCUCCUCUCGCAAAGACUUUGGCUGCGGCCGCUGCUGUGCUCGCUGCACCCGCUCUCGUCGUCGCUUCGUCCCUCCAACGUCUCGAGACAAGACAGUACCAGGACCCCAACUCGAUGCUCGUCAUCGACGAGCCUUCGUGCGACUUCUACCAAUGCACCAUCUACUGGGAACCAGGUACACAAGUCGCUGUCAACUGGAUCAACCCUCCCCAAGGCACUGUCAAGAUCGAUCUCAUGACCAACAACAACUCUGACGUAGCCUACACUGUCGGUACUGCUCCUGCUAUCUCCAACACUUGCGAUGCUGGUCAAGGUUACGGUCGGCCAGGUCCUAACGGCGCUCAGUGCGGUGGCUUUGUCUUUACCGUCCCAAGCUCUUGGAACGCCGGCAACUACAGUGCUCUCCGAGCCAUGAACGUGGAGAAUGAGAGCUUGCAGUCGUACACCGACAAGAUCUACAUCACGAAGAACAGCACCACUUCCAACAACGCUCAGCUUUCCAUUGUCAGCGGUUCGACCGUCGGUGGUUCCAGCUCGACUGCUGCUGCUGCUGCUCCUUCGUCGACUAGCACUUCUGCUGCUGCUGCUGCUGCUGCUACUACUACUACUACUACUACAGGAAGCUCGGGAGGUGCUGCUCCUCCAGGAAGCGCUUCGCAAUCGAUUGGUACUGCUAACAUGACUGGUUCUAGCGCUCGUCCUUCGUCGACUGGUCAGUCCGGUAGUAACGGCGCUGUUGGUGUUAUGGGAUCCAGUGCCACGGUUCUUACUGUCUUCGCUGCUGCGGCUGUCGGUCUUGCUGGCUUCUUCUGA